AGCCAAUCAAUAAUAAUUACAAAUAAUAAAUCUAUAAGAAAAAAGGCGAAAUGUUGAAUUUCUCAUCGUCUCCCUCUCGUUCAAUAAACAAGACAAACACGGCCUGUUCUGUUUUUCUGCGAUGUUCUUCGUCUUGAUCUCCAGAUUGGUUUAACUCCGUUGACUCAAAUUUUUGAAAGAGGGAGAAACAAAACUCGGACUUGGACUUGGGAUCCUUGUCGGCAAUGCGACGCUGGUUCGCCGCGAAAUCCCUCUCGAGAGAGGAAACCACCCUUUUCUCAUUCUCUUCUUCUUCGGCGACGCAAUUGUUCUCCCCGCGUUUCCACAAGUCUCUUAUUCUUCCUCUCUGCUCAGAUCCAAGAGAUGUCCGCUAAUUCUCAUCCUCCCAAUUCCAAAAAUGUCCUCUGUAACGCAGCCGCCGGUGCCGCCGCCGGGGUUUUUGCGGCUACGUUUGUGUGUCCACUUGAUGUUAUAAAAACGAGGUUUCAGGUUCAUGGGCUGCCAAAGCUCGGGGAUGCAAACAUCAAAGGUAGUCUAAUUGUUGGGAGUCUUGAGCAGAUCUUCAAGAAAGAAGGUCUGCGUGGCUUAUACCGCGGUCUCUCCCCUACCGUGAUGGCACUUCUCUCCAAUUGGGCGGUUUAUUUUACAAUGUAUGAUCAGCUAAAGAGCUUAUUAUCUUCAAAUGAUAAGGAUCACAAACUCAGCGUUGGUGCUAACGUAAUGGCUGCCUCUGGUGCUGGAGCUGCUACUACAAUAGCCACAAAUCCUCUUUGGGUUGUCAAGACUAGACUUCAGACACAAGGAAUGAGAUCGGGUGUAGUGCCGUACAAAAGUACACUGUCUGCUUUAAGGAGAAUAGCUUACGAGGAGGGGAUUCGCGGAUUGUACAGUGGUCUUGUUCCUGCGCUAGCUGGUAUCAGCCACGUUGCCAUUCAGUUUCCUACGUAUGAGAUGAUCAAAAUCUACUUGGCCAAGAAAGGUGAUAAAUCAAUCGAUAACCUCAGUGCUCGUGAUGUAGCAGUUGCCUCUUCGAUCGCAAAGAUAUUUGCUUCCACAUUAACCUACCCGCACGAGGUGGUACGAGCAAGGCUUCAAGAGCAAGGACACCACAGUGAGAAACGUUACUCGGGCGUAAGAGAUUGUAUAAAGAAAGUGUUUGAGAAAGAUGGGUUUCCCGGUUUUUACAGAGGCUGUGCCACCAAUCUCCUGAGAACGACUCCUGCUGCGGCUAUCACAUUCACGAGCUUCGAAAUGGUUCAUCGUUUCCUCGUCACUCGUUUACCUUCUGAGCAAAGCUCUAUACUUUAGUUUGUUUGUUUGAUGAUGAUGACGAUUACAUGGUGUGGUUUAGUGAGGUUAUUUUACAACUGUUACUAAAGUUUCCCCCUUUCGGGGAAUAAAUCAGAAAAUAGGACUUCGUUUCUGGGCAACCCUUAGAUUCGUCUCACAGGCUUUUGUUUCUGUUAGGAGAAAUCAGAACUUGUGUGGGUUUAUGAAGAAUGGAAACUUGAGAGACACACAAAGAAUAGUGUUUAUCUUGGCAUUGUAAAAGACUGGUUCUUUUUAUUUUGGUCUCUCUCUUUGAUUUUGUGAAAGAGAGAGUUUGUGGUGAACAGGUGGGCUUCAUGUUCCUAAAGGAACCAUUGACUUUUUUUAAUGGAUUUUAUAGAAAAAUCUUAACUAAACAAACAAAAAUAUUAUGAAAUAUCUGGGCUUUGUGGUUAUGGAUUAGACUGUGUUUUCUUUUUAGCUGCUGUAUGAUAUAAUUAGGUGAGCUUUGGAUCCAUAUCUUGAUAUUUUAUGUAUUUAGAAUUGAAUAAAAAUGAAAAAACGAAAAAGCCAAUGAAAUGGAAUAAUAAUGAAAUUGAUGGGUUGUUGUUGCACUUUGCUUUUUCUUUAUCAGUAUCUAUCAAAACAUGGGAUACUUUUUUUCUGUUCCUAAUUUUGUUAUAAUGUGAUAUUAAAUGAAUAUCUUAGGGUUUCACACCCAUUCUACAGGUCAAGAAAAGCAAAAACAUUUUUAAGGAGGCAAGCAAAUGGUGAUGCAAACGGUGUGUUGUUGUUCUGCAAACGUUUUGAGAAUGUAUUUUUGCGUUGAUACUCAGCAAAAUUGUAUUCGUUGCACGACCACUGAAAACCAAUAAUACCAGAUAUGUAUGAAAGUAAUUUAAAUUAGUUUUGAAUUGACUCUUUUAUCAAUUUAUAACAAAAAAAAAU